CCUAGAUAUUCUCAGGUGUAUACGUAUACUUUAUAGAAUUGCUUCCCAUCUGUUGGUAUCAAAGAGAGUUGAAGGAAAUGAAUUUUGAAACUUCACGGUGUGCCACCCUACAGUACUGCCCUGACCCUUACAUCCAGCGUUUCGUAGAAACCCCAGCUCAUUUCUCUUGGAAAGAAAGUUAUUACCGAUCCGCUAUGUCGCAGAGCUCCCAGACAAGUGAGUUCCUCAGCCCAGAAGUUUUCCAGCAUAUCUGGGAUUUUCUGGAACAGCCUAUAUGUUCAGUCCAGCCCAUCGACUUGAACUUUGUGGAUGAACCAUCAGAAAAUGGUGCAACAAACAAGAUUGAGAUUAGCAUGGACUGUAUUCGCAUGCAAGACUCAGACCUCACUGACCCCAUGUGGCCACAGUACACAAACCUGGGGCUCCUGAACAGCAUGGACCAGCAGAUUCAGAACGGCUCCUCGUCCACCAGCCCCUACAACACAGACCAUGCGCAGAACAGUGUGACGGCGCCCUCGCCCUACGCACAGCCCAGCUCCACCUUUGAUGCCCUCUCUCCAUCCCCUGCCAUCCCUUCUAACACAGAUUACCCAGGCCCACACAGCUUUGAUGUGUCCUUCCAGCAGUCAAGCACAGCCAAGUCGGCCACCUGGACGUAUUCCACGGAAUUGAAGAAGCUGUACUGCCAAAUUGCAAAGACAUGCCCCAUCCAGAUCAAGGUGAUGACCCCACCCCCACAGGGGGCUGUCAUCCGUGCCAUGCCUGUCUACAAGAAAGCUGAACAUGUCACUGAGGUGGUGAAACGGUGUCCCAACCAUGAGCUGAGCCGCGAGUUCAAUGAGGGACAGAUUGCCCCUCCCAGUCAUUUGAUCCGAGUAGAAGGGAACAGCCAUGCCCAGUAUGUAGAAGAUCCUAUCACAGGGAGGCAGAGUGUGCUGGUCCCUUAUGAGCCACCCCAGGUUGGCACUGAAUUCACAACAGUCCUGUACAAUUUCAUGUGUAACAGCAGCUGUGUCGGAGGAAUGAACCGCCGUCCAAUUUUAAUCAUUGUUACUUUGGAAACCAGAGAUGGGCAAGUCUUGGGCCGGCGGUGCUUUGAGGCCCGGAUCUGUGCUUGCCCAGGAAGAGACAGGAAGGCAGAUGAAGACAGCAUCAGAAAGCAGCAAGUCUCGGACAGCGCAAAGAACGGUGAUGGUACGAAGCGCCCUUUUCGGCAGAAUACACAUGGCAUCCAGAUGACUUCCAUCAAGAAACGAAGAUCCCCAGAUGAUGAACUGCUGUACUUACCAGUGAGGGGUCGUGAGACUUAUGAAAUGUUGUUGAAGAUCAAGGAGUCCCUGGAGCUCAUGCAGUAUCUUCCUCAGCACACUAUCGAAACUUACAGGCAGCAGCAGCAGCAACAGCACCAGCACUUACUUCAGAAACAGACCUCGAUGCAGUCUCAGUCUUCAUACGGUAACAGCUCCCCACCUCUGAACAAAAUGAACAGCAUGAACAAGCUGCCUUCCGUGAGCCAGCUUAUCAACCCACAGCAGCGCAACGCCCUCACCCCUACCACCAUGCCCGAGGGUAUGGGAGCCAACAUUCCUAUGAUGGGCACUCACAUGCCAAUGGCUGGAGACAUGAAUGGACUCAGCCCCACCCAAGCCCUCCCUCCCCCACUCUCCAUGCCAUCCACCUCCCACUGCACCCCCCCACCUCCAUACCCCACAGAUUGCAGCAUUGUCAGUUUCUUAGCAAGGCUGGGCUGCUCAUCAUGUCUGGACUAUUUCACGACCCAGGGGCUGACCACCAUCUAUCAGAUUGAGCAUUACUCCAUGGAUGAUUUGGCAAGUCUAAAGAUCCCUGAGCAGUUCCGACAUGCCAUCUGGAAGGGUAUCCUGGACCACAGGCAGCUGCACGACUUCUCCUCACCCCCACAUCUCCUGAGGACCCCAAGCGGUGCCUCUACAGUCAGCGUGGGAUCCAGUGAGACCCGUGGUGAACGCGUAAUUGAUGCCGUGCGCUUCACUCUUCGCCAGACCAUCUCUUUCCCACCCCGUGAUGAGUGGAACGACUUCAACUUCGACAUGGAUUCCCGUCGUAACAAACAGCAGCGCAUCAAAGAGGAAGGGGAAUGAGCACCCAUUGCUGGGCUCUUUGUGUCUUCUUCACCGCCCAGCCCCUGCAGGGCAUGCCUGCUUGAUCUUCAAAGCAUUCUUGCUAACU